GGCCGUUGGCGUCGAUGCCACUGACAAAGCAGCGCGAGGCGCUCAAGGAGGCCGCGCGCGUCCUGCGCGACUCCAAGGUCGCGGCCUCCAAGGCCAACGAGGUCGAGGCCAGAGUCAGCAGCAGCGACGAGGACGAGAGCGACGCGACCUCGCUUGUCGCGGCCGUCAAGAUCUUGAAGAAGAGCCAUGCCGAGUGCAUGGACAACGCGAGCUCGACGACGACAAUGACGCUGGACGACAUUGAUACGCUGCUGACGGUCUUCAUCGAGCUCGUGGACCCUGACACGCCCGUGUACACGCGCGCGGUUGAACGCAACCUUCAGCGCAAGUUUUCUUCGCACAAGCACGUCUUUGACGACAAGGUCCAGGGCUUUAUCCACCAAAACUACUCGAGCAAGAACGAAGACUCGAAGGAGAACUUUCGCUCCGCGCUGCGCCGCACGAGCCUCGUCCAGCGCUGCGUCAAGGCUUUUCGCGGCUCGCGCCCGCCGACCCCCGAAGCUGCCUCAGCCGAGAAGCGCCACUCGCUCGACGGGUCGCCCGAGCGAUCGUAUCCGAUCGGCACGCUCGAGGCGUACUGGGCCGCGGACCAAACAUCGUCGUUUGGUGUCGUUAAGAAGGAGCUCUCCAAGAUCUCCACGUGGAGCUUCAACGUGCUCGAGCUUUGCAAAGUCCAAGCCGCCGACGUGCUUCUUAUCGUGGGCUGCACGUGCUUUGACGCCGAGGGCUUGACGCGCCACUUUCACAUUCCCGCGGUCGUCCUCCGGAGCUUCUACUAUGCCGUGCAAAGCCAGUACUUGGCCAACCCGUACCACAACGCCGAGCAUGCUGCGGACGUGACGCAGUGCGUGCAUCAUUUCCUGUCGCUUGGCGGCCUCGGGACGCAGAUUUCCAUGCGUGGCAAGCUAGCCGCGCUCAUUGCCGCGUCGGUCCACGACAUCGGACACACGGGGUACUCGAACAACUUUCACAUUGCCACGAACGACCCGCUCGCGAUCCGGUAUGCAUACCGGUCGCCUCUGGAGAACAUGCACUGCGCGCUCGCGUUCGAGCUCAUGCAGAGCAAGGAGUGCGACGUGCUGGCGACGCUCAACGACCUGGAAAAAAUCGAGGUCCGCAACCUCAUCAUCGACAUGAUCCUCGCGACGGAUAACAAGAACCAUGCGAUCCACCUCGGUCGUCUGGAAGGUCUAAAGUGCGGACGAAGACCAGACGGAUUUUAGCAACCUCGACGAUCAAAAGUUGCUCUUGCAGGUGGCGCUGCAUGCGGCUGACGUGUGCAACCCAGUCAAGCCCAUGGACAUUUACUCGGUCUGGACGUCGCGCAUCAUGGAAGAGUUUUACGCCCAAGGCGACAAGGAGCGCGAACUCGGCAUCGCCGUGAGCUUUGGCUGCGACCGCGUCAACCCGAUUCCAGAAGCCAAAAUGCAAGCAGGCUUUAUCAUUGGCAUUGUCCGACCUGUCUUUGAGACGCUGGCCAAGGUGCCCAAGGUCUCGCUCAAGCACUGCUUGGACCAGGUCGAGCGCAACCUCGGCCAUUGGCAAGACCAGCUUGCGCUCGCCACGUCGUAGCCCCGAUGUACACUACCGGUCGAUCCCUUGACCCGAUCCCCUAUUCCAUAGAUUUCUUCUCUGUACUCUUUUACCCCACCCAAUAUAGACUUAUUAUCCCUUUGUGU